UUCAAUCGCCGUUCGGCGCCUUUCGCUGUCAUCGGCUCUGUUGAUCCCAUUCCAUUUGGAUAUAAGGCCAUUGACACUCGGUUCCAGUCUCGGCAUCCUCAUCAACAAUUCCAUAUCUACAAGAUACCCUACAUCAAGCCAGCAGCAGUCUUCCGACUUGCGUAAACCACCGAGAGCACCAACUGCGACAAGGUACAUCUCAUUUAUACCCAUUUUAGCCUCGAAUCCCGAUCCGUCAUCGAUCCGUCACCGAGCACAUCGUACGACAUCAUCAAUCCCCACGGCCGACAGUCCAAAUCCCGACCAACAACACAAACACAAGGCUGCGCACACAAACCGGCUCUUCUGCAGCUUCACAUAUCUCAUCUUUUAUUACCUCGCGCCCUUUCCUCCAUCUUUUCUCAAUAGGCAGAAUCGCAACCGUUCCAUCGGCUCGAUCUCUUGCACCCUUCAAACCACACAUCGAACUCCAUACAAAACCACAGCCAUGAAGAUUCUCAGCAAGGAAGAGGAGGCCGAGCAUUACAGCGUCGUUGUCAAGGCCGGUCUCAUCGGCGGCACCGCUGGUCUCGGCGUCGGUCUUGGGGGCGUUCUUCUCGCGAGCAAGCGCUAUCCGGCAUUCCGCCAACUCACGCUACCCUUCCGCUCCUUCCUCGUCACCUCGUCAGCGACCUUUGGCGCCAUCGUCCACGCUGACCGCGAAUCAAUCCGCUACGGCAAGGAGAAGGAUCCCAUGUAUGGCUACCAGGACGCGACAGCGCGCGCAAUCGCCGAGGCCAGGGCCAACGAGACGACGUUGCAGAAGUUCAAGGAGUGGGGUCGUGAUAACCGUUACUCCAUAGUCUUCGCCUCGUGGCUCGCCUCCAUGGGCGGUGCCCUGGCCAUGGUUGGCCGCGACAAGUAUCUCACUGGCUCCCAGAAGCUUGUCCAAGCCCGUGUCUACGCCCAGGGCCUCGCUGUCGCCAUGCUUGUCAUCACCGCUGCCUUUGAGAUGAAUGACGCCAAGAAGGGCACUGGCCGUUGGGAGACGGUUAUGAUCAUCGACCCUGAUGACCCGGAGCACAAGCACCUCAUCGAGAAGAAGAUUCACAAGGAAGAUUACGAAGGCCAAGACCUGUGGAAGGACAUGGUCGCCGCCGAGGAGCGUCGCAUCGCCGCCCGCAAGGCCGCCGAGCACAAGUAAACGCACCAACCCACGCUUUAAUACUACAUCUAUAGAAACCCCCAACACCUCACUUCACCGGGUCCUGUACGAUUUGCAAGCUACAUCCUAUUUUUGCAUCAUUUCCUAUGUUCUCGAGCAGCAAGAGGGUCUCGACGAAGAAGAAAAAGCAUGCCUCUCCUCCCGGGAGUUGGAGCAGAGCGAGUGGCGGUUGGCUGGCUGCAUUAUCGGCGUUUUUCGUGAAGGGUGUUUUUUUUUUCCCUCGAAAGAGGGAGAGAGGGUUGGAUGAAACCCAUCCCAGCCAUGUUCUGACAGUUCAAGGCUAUAUGAGUGUAUGGAGGAGGCAAGCGAAGAAUGAGUGUUUUGUUGUUUGAAUGGGCCGAUUAACUCAACUCUUCUUGACUUCUUUAAUCUACCAUGGUCGAGUCUGGACGAACCGAUGAAUACAACUGUUUAAUUUCAAGAAAACAACA